AUGGAAGGGGACCAACCACUACGGGAGAGACCUGGGAGCCUGCCCAUGCAGAGGACCAUUGUUAAUAAGCUACUGCUGGUGUCUUCUGUGAUUCAGUGGAUAGGAUUGCUUAUAUGUUUAAUCUACAUUUUGGGGGCUUCUCAGCCUCCAACACCAAAGAAUGAGAGUGUCAAGGUAGAUCUUUUGGGUUAUGAUGACAAGAAUGGCUUUACUUUACAACCUUCUGGUGAAUUUGGAUCCAUUGAGGUGCAAAACAACUCCCUCAAGAUCAGAUGUGAUGGUUUUUAUCUCUUAAGUGUGAGGGGCUUCUUCAACCAAGUUCCCAAUAUUGACUUUCAUUAUCGAAAUGAUCAACGUUUUCACUUAUUCCCAAACUUUUCCUCCAACCAAUAUGUCAGCUCUGUUGCUGUGGCCUACCUAAGAUUUGGAGACUUGAUCUACCAGAAAGUCGUAUCCCAAAAAGUGUCCUCCACAAACAUUGUGCCCAAUAAAGGUGAAAUAAGCCUUAUUCAACUGACUAAUGAUAACUUCUGUGGCAAAUGA